UUCCCGCUGCACAAGCUGAACAGCAUGGACAGGAGUGGAUAAUCGCCCAUUGACGAAACUGUGUUUUCAUCGGAGUUGAAAGAGGAGGCAUGGAGCACUCUGCUUGUCAUUUGGAGGAUUUGAAGCAAUUUAUCAUAAACGAUGCCCCGCCAACGGUGCGUUACAUCCCAGAUUUCAUAUCGGAGGAUGAGGAGGCUUACCUUCUUCAGCAGGUGUACAAGUCUCCAAAAACCAAGUGGACUCAGCUGUCGGGCAGACGGCUUCAAAACUGGGGAGGGUUACCACAUCCCAAAGGUAUGCUGGCAGAAAAGAUCCCUGACUGGCUCCAGACGUACUGUGAGAAGAUAUCCUCCCUCGGUGCGUUCGGCGGGAAAACAGCCAACCAUGUGUUGGUGAAUGAGUAUAAACAAGGGGAGGGGAUUAUGCCGCAUGAAGAUGGCCCUCUCUACCACCCUACUGUCACCACCAUCAGCCUGGGCUCUCACACCCUACUUGACUUCUACGCACCAAUCAGCAGCCUGGAGGACGACGACGACGCACCGCAGACCGAGGAGAACCGCUUCCUCCUGUCGCUGCUGGUGAAGCCUCGCAGUCUUCUGAUCCUGCAGGAUGAAAUGUACCAGCGGCUCCUUCACGGCAUCCGGCCCUGCUCCCAAGACACGCUGACAGACAAGGUGGUGAACCUGUCUGCUGCGGGGGCUCUGCAGGGAGAGACACUGACCAGAGGCACCAGAGUGUCACUGACCAUACGACAUGUGCCAAAAGUUCUAAAGACCAAACUUCUACUGGGGAGGAAAUAAAGCAAGACUGUGUGUUUGUCAUGAUACUACAUGAUGUGUUUGACACUGAUACCAUCAGGCUUAAUCAGCGGGAGUCUCCUCCGUGCUGCUUUAUGAACGAUAUCUUACAUGUGUCUAUACUGGAUCACUACGAGCUUUCUUAAAAAAUGAUGUGCUGC